GGGUGCCCGUCUCCCACUCCUGCGCCAACCAGUUCCUACAUCCAUUUGCGCAGGCGGUGUUGAUCCAAUCGAUCGACCUGUGGAGUAUAUUCCCUCUCGUGAGAGAACCAAUGACGAUCCUCGAUGGAUGUUCACAGGAGUACUAAAUGGACAAUUUGAAUCGACGCGCAACGAUGGUUCUAAACACGGGACGUCAACUAAGGUCGAUCAACAGUGGUUGUCUGGGUUCUUCGAUUGGGGUUCCUGGCAGGAGGUGCUUGGGUCGUGGGCAAUGGGUGCUAUUGCUGGUCGGGCGCGUCUCGGCGGCAUUCCCUGUGGCGUGAUCACUCCUGAGACCCGCGUUUCUGUCUGUCGGGUGCCAGCAGAUCCCGCCAACCCCGCAUCUGAAGCACAAUCAAUUAACCAGGCCGGCCAGGUCUGGUAUCCGGACUCCGCCUACAAGACAGCCCAGGUCAUCGCGGACUUUGCUCGAGAGGAACUGCCUCUUUUUGUGUUCGCCAAUUGGCGUGGCUUCUCUGGUGGACUCAAGGAUAUGUACGAUCAGGUUCUCAAGUUCGGUGCGAUGAUUGUGGAGGAGCUGAUAACCUACCCAUGUCCAGUUUUCGUUUACCUACCUCCACACGCAGAGCUAAGAGGUGGUGCUUGGGUCGUUAUUGAUCCGGCAAUCAACCCAGACCACAUGGAGUUAUUCUGCACUCCUGACACUUGUCGCGGCGGUGUUCUGGAACCUGAAGGGACAGUAGAAAUCAAAUACCGCUUCAAAGAUCUUGUCGCAGCCAUGGAUCGUCUGGAUGACGAGUGCAAACAGCUGGUUUCCGAGGUCAAAGCCACGACGACGACAUCUCCCCAGCAGUUUGUCGAUGUAAAGGACCUAAAGGACCAGCUCAAGCAGCGACAUGAACAGCUGAUGCCUAGUUAUCAGCAGGCGGCGCAUCAAUUCGCUGAUCUGCACGACACACCAGGACGCUUGACGGCACGUGGACUGGUGAGCGCUUGUGUGGAGUGGCGAUCUAGUCGUGCAUUCUUCUUCGCUCUUCUGGCCCGACGUCUCCUGGAGCAGGAGGCUGUGAAGUGUUCGCAGCUAGCCAAGAAUCCCUCUGUCGUGGCG